CGUCACCUUCCUUCCUGUACCCCGGUUGAGGAAGUGAAUUCGCUGACAGGGCUGGGUUCCGUGAGGGAGGCGAGACGAAACAUAAUCUACCUUGUGGGGGUAAAAACAACAAUAGCAUAGAAGAACAAGUCGUGCAAGCACAAUACAACGAACGUGUAAAGCCAUCGGCGAAAGUAUAUUUGCCCUCCGAGAUCGUCACCGAGCGCCGCAGACAUGAAUGACCAGCAGCUGGACUGUGCUCUGGACCUGAUGAGGCGUCUGCCUCCCCAGCAGAUCGAGAAGAACCUCAGUGACCUCAUCGACCUGGUUCCCAGUCUGUGUGAGGACCUGCUGUCCUCUGUGGACCAGCCUCUGAAGAUCGCCCGGGACAAGGUGGUGGGGAAAGACUACCUGCUCUGUGACUACAACAGAGACGGGGACUCCUACAGAUCCCCAUGGAGUAAUAAGUAUGAGCCUCCCAUCGACGAUGGUGCCAUGCCAUCUGCCCGCCUGCGCAAACUAGAGGUUGAGGCCAACAAUGCUUUCGACCAGUACAGAGACCUGUACUUUGAGGGUGGUGUUUCCUCUGUGUACCUGUGGGACUUGGAUCAUGGCUUCGCCGGGGUCAUCCUCAUCAAGAAGGCCGGAGACGGCUCCAAGAAGAUCAAAGGCUGCUGGGACUCCAUCCAUGUGGUGGAGGUGCAGGAGAAGUCCAGCGGACGGACCGCUCACUACAAACUCACCUCCACCGUCAUGCUGUGGCUUCAGACGACCAAAACCGGGUCCGGAACCAUGAACCUGGGUGGCAGUCUGACAAGACAGAUGGAGAAAGACGAGACAGUUGGAGAGUCCUCCCCACACAUUGCCAAUAUCGGCCGCCUGGUGGAGGAUAUGGAGAAUAAGAUUCGCUCCACUCUCAAUGAGAUCUACUUUGGGAAGACCAAGGACAUCGUCAAUGGCUUGAGGAGUGUUCAGACCCUGGCUGACAAGUCGAAGCAGGAGGCUCUGAAGAACGACCUGAUGUGGGCGCUUAAACGCAAACAGCAAAGCUAGAGAUGCUAUUGUUAUUUUUUCUGUCUUUCUCUCUGUCUGUCUGUUCCUCUCACACCCUCUCCACCUCUCUCCCGCCAUAUUUUUUCUGUUUGUAUGUCUCUCCUUCCAUCCCUGUAUGCCUGUUUCAGUGCUGCAUACUUGUUCAUUCGUGGAAAAACGAAAAAAGGAGAAGAAUGCUCUGUUUUAUUCAUUUUUUUGUUUCUUUUUUUAUUUGCACGCAUUGUUUGGAGGCAUCUCAUUCUCUGAAGCCAUUCACCCUCUCGCUCUCUCUGAUUCAUGUUAUGAAUAUUAUGAUAGUAUUAUGACGGUUAAUGGUAAUCUUACAGUGUGACGGCAAUGUUUAUAAUCCCUAUAGCGCUCUCACAGCUGGGUCAGUUUUGAGUGAGUGACAUCAGCUCUCCUAUCCUCUGGUUAGGGGACGGGGCUGACACCGACUGUACUGUCGAUGGGGCAGGCUUGGCUGGGCUUUCAAACAGUCAUUCAUUGUUACCAACAUUUUCUUACUUGCACCCAUUAUAUCAAAGUGUCUAUGCCAGCACCUUAUAUAUCUGUAUGGAAAUAUAGCUGUCAAUAUAACUGUCAUUAUAACUGUAAUUUUUCUGGGUGAUGUGUUGGAGGGAACGGAAUGGGAGAGGGUGGCCCUAGAUAUUAUGUAUUGUAAGGAUUGGUCAAUGAUUUGCUCUUCGUCCCACUCUGUCCGCAUGCGUUGAGUCUGUGCGAGCACGGGAUCUUGGGAUGGCUAGCUGGAGAUGUAGACCGCUAAAACAUGGGGAUGGACUGUUAAAUUCACUGUGUAUACCCAUGUCAUUAACCCCCCCCACACUGUGUAUAACAUGACAAUUUGCAUCCCUCUGUCUCUCUCCCUCUGUCUCUUUCUCUCUUUCACCCUUGUCUAUGUUGGGGGUCACAGUUUGUCUUUUUGCGUCUUGACGGAAGCUUUUGACAGUUUCCGUUUUGGGGGGGAAUCUUUUGUUGUAUUUUGUUUUAAUUUUGUAAAGCUUAUGAUUCAUAUUGUAUUAGAGCCUCCAACAACAAUAAAAACAGUAAAAAGCUA